GCAGGGUGGGUGGUUGUUGAUGGUCCUCCUUUUUCUUCCUUCUUUUUCGGUCUCAAAUCUUCUUCGUUCCCCUCUCCUGCCCCCCCCAAGCGAAGCAAUUGGCUGACUAUUUUCUGGUCAUGGGCUCUUAUCUGGAUUCGAAUCGAACUAGGGGGUUUGUAUUUUCAACAGUUUGCUGGUGUACCAACUGAGCUAGGCUCGUUGGAUGGACUGCCCAGAAAUAGAUCAACGGUGGGAAGACGAUGUUGAUGGCAUUCAUACAGCAAUGGAAGAAUUCGUCCCCGGUUGGCGCUGCUACCGUUAUGCAGUGAAGAAGUCCACUCACAGGAGGGUGGGACCGUGAUGGGAGGAUUGUUUGUUUGUUUUGCCUGUUUGAUAUGCGGAGAUCUAUGUGUAUGCGCAGGCAGAGAAGAUGUUGGUGGGGGUGGGGGUAAUGGUGAGAAUUCACCGAGGUAAAAGCUGCAAGAGAAAGGCGGGGGGUGAAAAAGGAAAAGGCGAGGUAUUAUGACUGCUGGACAUGGUCAGUGUAGCACAGCGGGCAGCGUGGUCCUGGCAUUAUUAUGAAGUGAUAUGUAGCUUUCCAUAUAUGGUUGGAACUGGCUUGUUCCCUCCAAUAUGGUGGUUAUAAAUUAUCACUGUACGUGGCCUGAAAGUUGUACCGAAUGCAGUCAGAUAGAUCUUUAGAUAAAUGGCUUCUAUUUGGACGAGAGGUCGACGGUAAGGCAGCAGGGCAGGGCAAUAAGGUUCUAUAAAUAGCAGCAGCCAGUACGGGAACUGCUGACAGCACGAAUGGGCCCAUUUACGGCAUUCGUAUGUGGCGGCUGGUUGGUAGGUAGGAUGAGCAGGCUCUUGGCUGUUGCCUGGGAGUGCCUUUUCCACUCACUGAUUUUUCACAAUCUUCUACUACAGUUUGGUCAGUGAUUCCAAGAACAAAUGAACAAAUUGCACACGGGCCGGCUGGUUGGCAGGGGAUGAGCAGAGGCCCUCGACAAACGAACAAAUCGCCCAGACCAUGUGCGCAAACGUAGGUAGGAAGUGCACACAGAGCGCAAGGAUGUCGAUGCACAUAAGCUGAAGCAUGGUGCUGGAAAAAGAAAUGUGCCGACGAGGCACCGACUAUGUUAUUUUGACGUCGGUGACCCCUCUGGUUGUGUGACAAGGGGAGCGGGGAGGGGCUUCUUUAUCUUCUUCUUCUUCGUCGUCUUCUUGUUGGUUCUUUGUUCUUUCCUUUCUUUUUUUCCCCCCUUCUUUGGGGUCUUAAUUGUGAGGGUGGAAGUGGAGAUGGGUGUUGGUAUUCGUGAUGGUCCAUAGAAUCAGCCAUUCUAUGUCCACAGAAAUUGCUUGCGUCAUUAACAUUGGCGCUGUUUUUUUUUUUUUUUUUUUGGUCUGUGAAUACCGCGGUGCUUUAAGAGAGGACUCGUCUUCUAUCAAAUCACUUCACUUUUUCCCCCCUGAAUACAGUGUUUUUUUAAGAGGAGAAGAGUUGUCUUCCAUCAAAUCAACAGCAAUUGCUAAGAACAAAGGCAUCGCAAAGUGAUUUGUACAGUUUGUUGCUGGCGUCUGUGGUGAUCUCACCUUCUUCUUCUUCUUCUUCUUUCUGGCAGCAAGCAUUUCUGCAUGCCAUUUCCGCCAUCUGCGCUGGAUCUUUGUGGCACAGUCAUUCAGCAUUUUCUUGUACUCCUCCUCUUUCUGCAUGCCACCAAAAGUCGAAUAACAUGUCCAAUAACGAUGAACAGCAAUGGAUGCAGGAAGGUUGUGGGUUCAAUUCCCCUCUGUGAAGUGCAUGUUUACAUGAAGACGAAAAUGCGUUCGGUUGUUCUGACGUCAGGCUGGUAGUCUCCACGAUGGUCAGUGGAGAAUGUGUUUGGUUGCGACCAGAGGGUUCCAGUAACCGUCAUGGAGCGAUCAGAGUCACAGCCAUGGAGAUGCGAGCUCGCAGUGUCCACCAUGGUUCAAACCACCAUGAUAUCUAUAGCCAAGCUGCUGAAGCGGCACACGCAGAGAGGGGAGGAGGGAGAUCGUACUCUUCCCAUCUCCCCGGCCAUCGACCAACCUUACGCCCCCGGUUAUGUUUCCCAGAUGUCACAUCAAGAUGCAGAAGAUGGUUUUCAUUUCAUGUAGGUGCUGUGUUCCUGGUCGGAAUACUGGUCUUAAGCAUUAAGGUUUCCAGGGCUUGGAAUGCGCAGGUCUUUCUAUCAUCGAUUCCGAGGAGUGCAAAGUCUCUGAAGAGUUUGAAGAGCCUGAAGAGUCUAAAGCACAGAUUGAAUAUCCCUGAAGAAACAGACCAUGGUCCAAAGUUUGGACCACCUGGUACAAUGGAAAAUAUGUUUGUUAUGCAUCGAGGUUUGACAGAAGGAGGCAAUUCAUUGGCGAAUCCGCUUAGUACCAACAAUGAAUCUGUGAGCCAGGUCCAAUUCCGGAUCCCCGGGCCUCCAUCAAACGGCAAUGGAGGAGUUCUAGGAGAAACAGACUAUGACCCAAAGUUUGGACCACCUGGACCAAAAAGGGACCCUCAGGACAAUCCUGACAAGAUUCUGACGAUAUCCCAGGCUGAUGGUGAUCACCAAUCAGAAUUUCCGGGAAAGGAGUUGGCAGGGUUGCUUCGGAUCCCAUUGAAGAACACAUCAUUGCCUGGGUCAAGUGAUUUGACAGCUACUCAUGGCUGGCAUUCUGUUGCCGCAGGCACCAGAACUGUGCCGGCAACCGACGUGAUGACGCAUGGAUAUGGAGCAGGAAGAAAUCAAGCGACAAGCAUUCAUCUGGAAGAGGACGCCCGAGUAAUACCUACUGAUGUCCGAGGAGUGGAACCGGGUGCAAAACCUGCGGAACCAGGACUAAACAAAGACCCUCGACCGACCCCACAGGUCCAGAUGCACGGAUUCAAACAAGAAGAGAGAAGCUAUCAGGACCAGUCGCAAUGGCAUGGAGCUGGGGAAGAGCACGAGUUCCCCUCGACCCGUACGGAUGUUUUGCGACUUCCUGGCGGUAUUCCACGGCGCAGGGACGCAGCGACCACAGCUCAGCUGCAAGGAACUUUACUCUCGCCGAAAGUGGAGACGACAAUACACAAAAGCUGGCCACUGCAGAGAUCGUCAACGAGCGCUCUUUACGGGGUGCAGUCCCAAAACUCGCGGUUGAAAAUCCAGAAAUAUGAGGGUGUGACAGGAGCACACAGUGGUAAACAGAUUCAUGCGCCCCCUUUGCGACUGUCCGGUGAACCCCCCGUUAGACAAGGCGCCACACUUCACCCCCAGAUAGAAUCGUCCAUGGCCACAAAUUCUGCUGCUGCUGCAAGCCAAGAACCGGGAUUGGUCCCUCAAACGAGGCAAAACUCGAGCGAUACUGGUGUAGCAGGUGCUAUGGCGAUGGCAGCAAAUGAUCGGGUGAAUUUCUUGGGUGCACGUUUGACUGAUGCCGAUGUCCACGAGGAGGGGUUGCGGGUGGCCGUGGCAGCAGCCACAGAGUCAGCAAACCUGGCAAAAGAUGGCUAUCGUCAAACCGUCGGGCAAGGUUCCCAGCCAGAUGAUGAUGUACAAAUCAAUGGCAGUGUUGGUCAUCAAGGUGUCGAAUUUUCGGGUAGUCACCACCUGCGAGCUCCGGGGUUAAAGACUUAUAUGGGGAAAGGGUCAAGCUCUGUGGCUUUCGAAUCAGACGAGGCUCAUUCCCAAAGCAUGUGUUUGGGGGCCAAGCUGCCUUGGCUGCCAUUUGGGAAACUUAUUCCGUCCAUGAGCGCGAUGGUUAUCAGCGAAGAAGACGACAUUCCAUCUGCAGACGAAAGCAAUGGCGAAGUGGUUGCUGUUUGGCGGAGGAGGGUUGAUGAUGAUCCUCGUGGCAGUCGUAACAAUACCGACGAGGGGAAGUCCAGGCCAUUGAAUCGUGUUGAUACGGCGGGAAAGGGAUCCGCGGAGCUUGACUCACAAUUUYAAGUUGGCGAGUUUCGCGCCAUAUACAAUCGCACUGCUGCAGGGAGAACAGGUCAUGCAACAGUUAGGCUGCAACCGGACAGCAGCGACGUCGACCCUUCGACUAGUGAUGUCAACAUUUCUAGUAGCCUCAACAUUUCUAGUAGCCUCAACAUUUCUAGUGAAAUCUCUGCUGCGGCGGACGACGAUCUGAACGACGACGAGUACCGUGCUGAGUUGAUUUCUGAAACAAAGGAAGGAAAUCCGAGACAGCCAGAAUGUGGCAAUUUGAAGCCUCUUUGCAAUCCACGGACAAUAAACAGCCAGAUCACAGAAGCAGACAAGCUGUUGGCUGAUUGCCUGGUCGACGAGACACACUGCAAGGAGGCAGACAUGGAUCAGAUACAGGAGACUGCAUGGAAACUGAAAGGGGUGCAAAUGAUUUUCAAGCAGAGGGGACCCUUAUGCCUUACUGUGACAAGAGAGGGCCUCUGCUCCAGAUGGAAGGGCAAUGUGGAAACAUGUGGUCGACGCCAUCUUUCUCCCAACUUGCGUCCCUUGGAGGACAUGAAGGGCCGAUUUUUCGAGAGCUGUGCAUUGGUUUCAAAUGGUCCUCUAGUCAAAGUAUCUGAAAAUGGAGAG